AAUAUUUUCUUACUGAUUUCACCCUUUAUUGAUUCACCUUUACAGCUGUAUCUAAAAAAGAAGUCAAAAUGCCCACAUUUUAUUUCGUUAUUGUGGGCCACAAUGAUAAUCCUAUAUUUGAAAUGGAAUUCACAACAGUUAGCAAAGAAAUGAGAAAAGAAGAUCAUCGUCAUUUAUCUCAGUUUAUAGCUCAUGCAGCUUUGGAUUUAGUCGAUGAACACAAAUGGAAAACUCCCAAUAUGCAUUUGAAAUCAAUAGAUCGAUUUAAUCAAUGGUUUGUAUCUGCUUUCGUUACUGCCAGUCAGAUACGAUUUCUUAUUGUCCACGACAAUAAAAAUGAUGAAGGCAUUAAGAAUUUCUUUAAUGAGGUCUAUGAGACUUAUGUAAAAUAUUCAAUGAAUUCGUUCUAUAAAGUAAAUACGCCUAUUAAAUCUCCCAUGUUUGAGAAGAAGGCUCAAUUGUAUGGUAGAAAAUAUUUGUUAUCUUAAAUGCAUUCAUUUUUAAUAUAAAUUGUAGUUGUACGUAAUAAAUAUAUAAAUAAGUUUUUAAUUUUAAAUAAAUCAUAUACAUACAUAGUUAAAUUUGUAAAAUAAAUCUAUGAUUGUUUCUAAAAACUCA